GGAGGGAAAUGCACUUGUCUAUUUUUAACCAUUAAGGGGUCUUCUUGCACUGCAUCACUGAGGUUUUUAUCUUUAGAGUAAACAAUGGACGGCAAAGAACAGGUAAAGACCAGGUUGACUUGGCAGUAGGGAGCUAAAUCAGUCCAUUACACGGGUGGAUUGUAACAUUGACAUCUGACUUGUCAUGGUCCAUUGAUUUUACAUAGUAAAUCUCCGGAGGUCUGGUUUAACAUGUGUAAUAGAGAUUUAAACAAUUCACCUAAACAACACUUUAGAAUUCUGUGAUUGAAAGAGUGAAAAUGAAAGAAGAAAAAAUGUGAUCUCGUGAAGUCUGAUCCUGUUUUUUUUUCUUCUGGAAUUUAACUGUACUUUUAAUGGACUAUGCGCCUUACGUACCGAUAUAUAGUAGCGUGUGUUGCGGUCAUACUGUUGGUGUGUACGUACCAGGUUUACAUUUUGUCUCGUGAUGGUUCCUUCCUCAAUCGACUACCGAAGACUAGAAAAAGAACGGAUAUUGUGUCGGUUGCGAGAUCUGGUUCGAUUCUCGGCAAUAACACCAGAAAUGACCGAAACAAGGUUUCAAAGGGUGUAAUUGUGACCAUAACAGCAGAGGAAUAUAGACAAAAUCCAAAUCUCAAAACAGGAAAUCCACUUAUUGACGAUUAUGGGGAAAAUGAUCUCACGAAAACUGGUGAAAUGGGGAGGGGGGUCACGUUUGUGGGGAAGGAGAAGGCCGCGGCAGCGAAGAGAAUGCAGCUCUACAACAUCAAUGUUAUGGCCAGUGACCUCAUCCCCCUGAACAGACUGGUACCAGACUCAAGGCCGUCAGAAUGCAAGAGUCGGACUUACGAACAUGAUCUCCCUACCACCAGUAUCAUAAUUCCGUAUUUUGACGAAUGGCCCUCCGUCCUUCUCCGAUCUCUAUACAGCAUUGUCAAUCGAACACCCCGACACUUGCUACAGGAAGUCAUCCUCAUUGACGAUGCCAGCACAAUGCCUGAAUUAAAAGAAUCUUUAGAGGAUUACAUAGACAAACACUUUCCUAAAGGUCUCAUCCGGGUUCUACGCAAUACUGAACGUAAGGGUUUAAUAGCAGCCCGUCUCCAGGGAUGGAGGGUUUCCAAGGGUCAAGUCGUAUCCUUCUUCGACAGCCACAUGGAGGUCAAUGAGAAUUGGUUACAGCCCCUCCUUACAGAGAUUAAAAAGGACCGUAAAACGGUUGCCAUGGGAGUACUGGAUUACGUAAAUGCUGAAACGCUAGAGUACCGUUUCAAUGAUGGUUAUAUGACGCGGUACGGCUUUGACUGGCGAAUGGUUUUCUUCGAAACUUUCUUUAGACAGGACCAGGUUGGAAAAACAGAGGCUGAUACAAGACCCGGUACCGUGAUGGUUGGAGCAGCGUAUGCCAUUGACAGUAAAUAUUUUGGGGAGAUUGGAUCUUAUGACGAGGGAAUGAAAGUAUGGGGAGGGGAAAAUCUGGAGAUGUCAUGGAGGGUGUGGAUGUGUGGGGGUAGGCUCGUACAUCUACCUUGUUCUCACCUGGGACACAUCCCCCGGUCCCAGCCCUACUCUUUCCCCGGAGGAAGGAGAAGCAUUGAGGUGUAUAACUACAAGAGGGCGGUAGAAGUGUGGGUUGAUCCGGAGUAUAGAGGGUUUAUCUAUGACCACUUCGACGAAAUGAAGACUCUACACGCUGGGGACUUGAGUCCCAGAAUUCAAUUGAAAAAGGAUCUCCAGUGUAAAAAUUUCACUUGGUUUAUCGACAAUGUGUGGCCGGAGCUUUUCAUCUUCAAUAGGAAUGUCCAAGCCUGGGGAUCGUUGCGCAAUGUGAACGACAAUAAAUGCUUCGACAAUCAUCAGUAUUUGUUCCAAGCUCCUGAGCGUCUUUUCUUUGAACCGUGCCAUUUUAAACUUGCUACGCAGGGGUUUUCUCUGACGAAUGAUAAUUUAUUGAGGACUUCCUUACAAUGCGUGGUGCUAAAAGAAAAUCAAGAAGGCGCUCGUCCGAUGUUAGAGGACUGCAUUAUAGGUCCCAGGGAUAAGUGGACCCACGUUAAGAACAGUUAUAUAAGACAUGAAAAGACCGGUCUGUGUUUGGAUGUGGAUCCAGCAGGCAUCGUAGCGAAAAAAUGCGCGCCAGGGGUAAAAACACAACAAUGGCAGUUCAAUUACUAUGUUUGACAAAAACAUGGAUUUUAGUUCAUUUAUAAAAUUUCAAUGUAUAUAUCAUUCAACGUUCCAUUGUUAAUUGUUAAAAGUUUUGAAAUAUUAUCUCGCAAGGAUAAACAGGCUCUGUGGACGUAAAUGAUGCAUAAAUUACAUGUAUGUCUUAUUUGCAAUGAAUGUGGCCCAAAUGAAGGUUACAUGUUAUCAAACCUUGUUGACACUCGAAUGUGAUUGAAUGAUGACAAAAGUGUGAUUGGAUGAUGACAAAAUGCACCUGUAAUUACAAAGAUGUGAUUGGAUGAUGACAAAAUGUAAUAACAAAGACGUGAUUGGUUAAUUACAAAGAAGUGAUUGGUUGAGAUUAUUAUGAUGUGAUUGGUUGAUUAUAAAGAUGUGAUUGGUUGAUUAUAUUAUAAAGAUGUGAUUGGUUGAUGACACAAAAUCAUUUUAGUGGGUAAAUGUGGAUAUGACUUUGUGUUCAAUUUUUGUUGGCAUAAUAAUUUAGUAAGUUGCUCAUUAUGUAUGCGUAAUGGCAUCAUGCCGUCUGUAUGUGUGUAUAUGACUAUGAAUAUUAAUUUGUAUUUACUGGGGAUGUGUCUUUGGGUUAUGAUAAAUUAAGGUGAAUUGUAAAGGUUUGAAAAUAUAAUCAAAUGUUCCUGUUUUACGCUGUGUAUGAAAUAUUCAUUAUGCCAUGCUUUAGUUUCCAACAUCUUGAUUUGUGACUGUUAAUAGAAAUAUGACAUGCUGAAUUUUAAAAAAAGAUAAUGAGCAAGAUAAUUUAAUACAAUCAGUACUCAUCAUUUUGAAAUUUUCAUUGAAUGAGUAUAUAAUUACCUUUUAACUACAAUCAUGUUUACAUUUAAUUUUGAAAUAUUGUGCCAUGUAAUAUAUUUGAUUUUUGUUUAAUUGUUUCUAUUUGUGUAUUAAUGAGGAAAUGA